AUGUGUUCCUAUGUUGACUACCUCUUCAGAAUGAGAGGGAAAACAAAGCGGAGAAGUGGAAGAAGGCCACUCCAACAUGAAAGCAAUCGAGAAGAUAGGAAAAUCUGGGCGAUGCUGAUGAGUAACAUCACAGUAAAUGAUAGAUUGAUUCAGAGUCUACGAGAACACUUGAAAGAGUUACAGACGGAGUAUGGAAAGCUACAGCAGGAUGUUUACUGGUUUCAGAAGAACCAGACUAACCUUCAGAGGAAGUUCUCAUAUGACCUCUCACAGUGCAUCAACCAGAUGAAAGAAUUAAAAGAACAAUGUGAAGAAAGGAUAGAUGAGCUUAGAAAAAAGAGUAGCAAUGUACCACAAAUCAAAGAAAACAAAGACUUCACAGAAGAUAGCCAGGUUGAUACUCAACUGCCAGCCUUGAAGCAAACAGGGUUCAAGCAGGCUGACUUGGAACAGCAGAAAACAAAUGAAGAUGUUCCUAAAGCAGUACCUACAGUAAAAAAGACAGACCUGAUGCAGGCUAAAGAAAGAACAGACAGCCUAACAGACAUGAGAAAACAGAAGCCUAAGGCAGAAGAGGAGCAGCUUUCUAAUCAGUUGGAAAAACCUCAAGAGUCGCUCAAGGCUGCUGCAGGCCACAAGGAGAUGCUGCCUGUGUCAGAGAAGGACCCAAAUCCACCUGAGGAUGAGAAACAUGUAGCUGGGCAAGAUAUGUCAGAGCCAGCAGCAGAGCAGGCUGCCAGUGAGGAAGUUGAGAGGGAACAGUUACUAAAUUACGAUGAUAAGCAGGAUGACUUGCUCCCUGGAAAGGCUGACAAACAGGAGCGUGAAGCAGUGAACCAGGUCAAGGAUGUCGAUUACAAUUUAGAUGUGAAUGAAGCUGAAUCAGAAACUGACAAGCAAGCAGCAUUUGCUGGGAGUGAAAAUGUUCAAAACCAUGAAGAUACAAAGAACCACUUACCUGACGAUGGUGAAGGACGACAGAAGUUGUGAACAAAGGAAGUUCAUGCUACAACUGAAUCACCUCUUCCUCCAAAUGCAGCAAUGAUCCAGUAAAGUGAUCUUAGAAGGUUUUGAUUAUCUUCUAAAGGCUUGACUAAGGGCCCAAACGAAGUAGUAUUUUCUUGUGAAGUUUUAGUACUGUUGCAGUGAGAAGAAGUAAAUCUCUGGAGGCUUGUUUCAAAGCAGUUGGCCUCUGCAAUGACUUUCUCCUUCCUAUCAAUUAUAAAAUUGCAAUCAGGUAGCAAUAAAAUUAGUAACUUUGAAGUUG